GCCACUAGUCCACAACCAACAACUGCUCCGGCAAGUUUGAUUAAGGCGAUUGGCUCGUAGCGCGCAGCACAACAUCAACCAAUGGUUCAAUAUCCGCCCCUUCACAUGGACCGAUCGCAGCGGCCGCCGCCAAUGCCAUGCCGUCCGUUCGCCAAUUUCCAAAGCUCUCGGAAAUUUAUGCAAAUUCCAAUGCCAAUUUUAGAUCCUCUCUCUCUUUGGUUCCAUAGGGGAGGGCUCAAUACACGCGCUCCUUUCCGCGCGCGGUCUUUAACGACUCUGUUUCGGUUGCCUUUGUAAUGACAAUGAAUAUUACUAUAUAUCCUCAUUGUUUAUUCUGUUUCUCGCUUAUAAGAAACGGGUCAAAGCAAUUUGCUACCGCUAGACGACUCUCUUCGCUUCAUCCUCCCAUUAGAGCCUCUUCGCGAACUUCUUCUUCCUCUGUUCUUUGCUCUUUUUCUCGCUCUUCAGAUAUGUACGGUUCAGGGGAUCUAAGUUUGUAUCCAUCGCACCGUACUAAAACUGUUCAUCUGGUGAGGCAUGCCCAGGGAUUUCAUAAUGUGGCCGGAGAGAAGGACGUGAACGAAUAUCUAUCUUUUGAUUACUUUGAUGCUCAACUUACCUCUUUAGGAUGGAAACAGGUUGGCAAUUUGCGGAAACAUGUACAAUCAUGUGGACUUUCUAAGAGAAUUGAGUUAGUCAUCACAUCUCCAUUGUUCAGGACUAUGGAAACUGCAGUUGGCACAUUCGGUGGUGAAAGUUACUCGGAUGGUAUAAACGUUCCUCCAUUAAUGGUAGCAAAUGCAGGAGAUUGCAACCGCCCUGCAAUAUCAAGUUUGAAUUGCCCGCCAUUUUUGGCAAUAGAGCUUUGUCGGGAACAUUUGGGUGUUCAUCCAUGUGACAAGAGGCGAAGUAUUAGCGAGUAUCGGUCUCUUUUCCCAGCUAUUGACUUUUCAUUGAUUGAACAUGAUGAAGAUAUCCUGUGGAAGCCAGACAUCAGAGAGACCAACGAUGAAGUUGCAGAGAGGGGACUGAAGUUUCUUAAAUGGCUCUGGACCCGGAAGGAGAAGGAGAUUGCAGUUGUCAGUCACAGUGGAUUCUUAUUUCAUGCAUUGAGUGCAUUUGGAAAUGACUGUUGUCCAUCUAUAAAGGAUGAAAUCUGCAAACAUUUCUCCAAUUGUGAGCUACGUUCCUUUGUUCUUGUUGAUAGGAGCAUGAUCGGGUUGGAAUCCUCGACAACCAAUUUCCCAGGCGGAUUACCAAAAGGAAUUGAUCUUCCCAGUGAUGUUGCAGCUGAAAAGCAUCCGAGAAGGGAGUUCCAAAUGAAGAUGUGGCUUGAUCUUGAGAAACAAAGACUUCUUUUUUCUUCUUCUCCCUGGGAGCUUUGUUUCUGUAACAAAGUUUCCCAUAAUUCAAUUUUCAUGAAUUUUUUACUCACUUCAUUUGAGAGAACAGUUAUCCAUGGGAUUGUUAUUGUCGUAGCCUCUUUCUGCAACUGGAUUUAGAGGUACAUGUUUUUUUCUGUAUCUCAUCCAUCAGUUGAAUUGUACCUAACUUUUACACCAAUUUGAUAUAAUGAUAUGAAAAACGUUUGUCUGCUUCAGUA